CAAUUGAAACUGAAUCACAUGCCCAGUUUGGUCUGGUUAAACCGAACCGAAAUAUCCACCCUGCCUUAGCUCUUAUAAAUAACCCUAAACAACACCAAAACAAGAAGAGCAUGCCAUACCACAUUAAACCACGCAUGAAAAAAAUGACAACUCCUCCACGACCACCACCACCACACACCUCCUCCCUCCUCCUCUUCCUCCUCCUCGCCGCCGCCUCCGUCAUCCACGGCGCGACGGCGGCGGAGGACCUGAUCAAGAAAACAUGCAAAGUGUUGGCGAAGGAGGACACGAACGUCCAGUACGGCUUCUGCGCCGCCGCCCUGGAGGCGGCGCCGGCGAGCGGGUGCGCCACGCUCCGCGGCCUCACGUCGAUCAGCAUCCGCCUGAUCCGGUACAACGUGACUGACACGUGGUGCCGGAUCAAGCAGAUGCUGAAGGAGAAGUCGCCGAGGCGCGACAGGUACACGGAGCUGUGCCUCCGCGACUGCCUGGAGAUGUACUCCGACUCCAUCUCCGACGUCAAGGCGGCGAUGAAGGAGUACAACUCCGGGCGGCUCGCGGACGCCUCCGUGCACCUCUCGGCCGUCCUCGACGCCGCCUCGACGUGCGAGGACGGGUUCGAGGAGCGGAGAGGCAUCGUCUCUCCGCUCAAGAAGCGGAACAACGACACCAUCCAGUUGUCCGCCAUGGCUCUCACUCUCGUCCAUGACCUUCAAACUGCCGGACCCAAACAUUGAGUAGCUAUACUACUAUUGCAUUAUUUUUAUUUUUCUCAUUUAAUGGGGUUUUUAAAUUUAGAAAAAGGAGAAAAAAAAAGAUUUUUAUUCUUUGACAUAAAUGUGAUUGUGCAGCUAGUGGUGGUGUUUUGGGGUGUUAGUUAACUGUUUAAUCGUAUCAUUUUACUCUUAUGUGUUAAUUAACUGUUUAAUCAUUC